GCGGAACCCAAGUCUUCAAGCUAUGUUUCUUACCGGACUUCCGGUUAUAUGUAUUCUGGCUGGAUAACGAUAGCUUUCCCAGAGUUUUUGCUGGACUAAAAGAUAGAACAAAUCUUUUCAAAACGCCGAACAAAUACAGUGUAUGUAGAAAGUAAUUUUAUUUUGCUGAUGGCUCGUCACUUUCCUCCUGUCCCCUCUGAUGUCACCUACUUUCUGUCCUCAGUUCUUCCUCGUGGUUUUGCUUUGGGGCCUUCGCUGCUCUGUGAAGGCAGUGUGGGGCUUUGGUGGGUCGGCUACCCGCUGGAGGCCGGGACUCUGCUGGGAAAAGAAGGCGACACAGACUGGAUCUCCAAGAGUUACCCGACACUGAUGGAAAUGUCAGCAAAUCAAGAAGCUCCAUUACAAAGAGCCCCCUGGAUCAACGGAAAGCAUGGAUGAAAUUAAAGAGGCCGAGGCUGUAAUAACCAAAAAGACAAAAGAAGGACCAAAGAAGAAAGAGUUGAAAAGUCAGGAUGAGGAGGAGGAACACAGCUGCUUGAGGAGGAGCCACCCAAUCACACUUGGGAGGAAGAGGAGAAUUAAAAUCAUCCAAUCCAACCAGAGUCCUGAGUGUGACAUCCAGCAAGACAUUCCUUCAGACACAGCAGAUGUUGGACACUCAAACGCUGUCCCUUCAGACAAAGACACAGACGACUCACUCCCCGCAUCUCUUUCUGUCCGCUGCAGCUCUCGUCUAGAUGCUAAACCCCGACGAGUUCACAGUCUGUCCAGCAGAACUCGACACCCCCCUGCUGGAUCUGACUCACCCAAACAGAAUGAAGAGCAGAGCAAAGACUCAGCUGAAGGCCUAGAUGUCUCUCCAUCACACCCUGAGUCCGUUGUCACAGCUUGUCCUGCUGAGAAAGUCUCUGAGUUGCAACCGGAGGUCCGAGAGAGGCGGUACAGCUGUUCCAGCUGUGGUAAAAAGUUCUUCCAGAUUGGUCACUUGAAGAAACAUCAGUUUAGCCACACUCAUGAGAAACCAUUCACCUGCCAGGCCUGUGGGAAACACUACACCUCAGCAGAAAGCUUCAAAGCCCAUCAGAUGAGUCACCGCGGUGAGCGUCCAUUUUCCUGUCCCAACUGUGAGAAAACCUACUGUCUGAGGCGGGACCUGCAGGAGCACAUGGUCCUGCACACCGGAGAGAAGCCUUACACCUGUGAGAACUGUGGCAAGUCUUAUGCACGACGUCCUUCCCUGCGCGUUCAUCGCCGCCUCCACUGCAGCAAGAUGAGCUACACACAGUCUCCAAAGGUGCAGUGUUCAGUCUGCUCCAAGUUGCUGGCCAAUUCGAAUUCCCUGAGGAACCACAUGAAGCUCCACACGGGAGAAAAGCCUCACAUCUGUCAGCAAUGUGGGAAGUGUUUCAGACAGAAAGGGAACCUAGAGUACCAUUUGAGACUUCACAGAGGAGAGAGGCCGUUUCCCUGCCUCGAGUGCAGCCAGGCUUUCACCCAGAAGCUUGAUCUCCAGCGACACAUGUUCUCCCACACCAAAGGGGGAUUUCUCUGCAGCUUCUGUGGGAAGUCUCUGAGGGACCCCCACAGCCUGAGGUACCACGAGAGGCUGCACACUGGAGAGAGACCCUAUUGCUGCUCUGUCUGCGGGAAAGGUGAUAAUCUGAAACGGAAAAUGUAAAAAGAGAAUCUAUUUAGUUUGUAGAAGAGUUAAAUAACAAGACAGUUUUCUACUUCAUUCCAUGAGGAAUUUAGAUCAGGCCAGGUUCCUCCUAUAGGAAGACCGGUGCUCUUAUCAGUGGAGCAUGACGGCAAACUAAAGCUGCAGGAUAAAAAGUCUUCAAACUGUUCAGUAAAAAGAACAUUUUU